AGAGACGCGGAGAUCUCCAGACACGAGAGGAGGCUGUAGGAAGAGGAGAAAAGCGAUGCUACGACAAGCACACAGCUGAAAGGGAGAAAGACACCAGAAGAGGAGACACCUGGCGAGACGCUCCGAAAGAAAAGGGAAGCGAAACAGAGGUCUUUCGCGGACACGGUCCUUUCAGCCAGCCGUGGGGAAGCGUCCUCUUCAAGAUCGGUCCAAUGAACAUGUCAGUGUUGACUUUGCAGGAAUACGAAUUUGAGAAGCAGUUCAACGAGAAUGAAGCGAUUCAAUGGAUGCAAGAAAACUGGAAAAAAUCUUUCCUGUUUUCUGCUCUAUAUGCUGCCUUUAUAUUCGGUGGUCGGCAUCUAAUGAACAAAAGAGCAAAAUUUGAACUAAGGAAACCAUUAGUGCUGUGGUCUUUGAGUCUCGCAGUCUUCAGUAUAUUUGGUGCUGUUCGAACGGGUGCUUAUAUGGUGUAUAUAUUGAUGACCAAAGGAGUGAAGCAAUCAGUUUGUGACCAGAGUUUUUACAAUGGACCAGUCAGCAAAUUCUGGGCAUAUGCAUUUGUGCUAAGUAAAGCACCAGAAUUAGGAGACACAAUAUUUAUUAUUCUUAGGAAACAGAAGCUUAUCUUCCUCCAUUGGUAUCACCACAUUACGGUACUGCUUUAUUCUUGGUACUCUUACAAGGACAUGGUGGCUGGUGGUGGCUGGUUUAUGACCAUGAACUAUGGAGUACAUGCAGUCAUGUACACGUAUUAUGCCUUGCGGGCUGCAGGCUUCAGAGUAUCACGUAAAUUUGCCAUGUUUAUCACCUUGUCGCAGAUUACACAGAUGUUUGUGGGCUGCAUAAUCAACUACCUGGUCUUUGCCUGGAUGCAACAAGGCCAGUGCCACUCACAUGUUCACAACGUCGUUUGGUGUUCACUCAUGUACCUCAGCUACUUUGUGCUCUUCUGUCAUUUCUUCUUUGAGGCAUACAUUGGCAAAACAAGGAAAGCGAGGAAGGCUGAGUAAAGCUAGGAACCCUACUAAGCCACUGCUCAGGUCAUCGACCAAACAAGAAACACAAAGCAAAACAAAAUGGCACAACAAAAACCAUUUAUAUGUGGUGCAAAUAAAACUCAGCAGCUGUGGACAGAUAGGUUUGUUCAAACCAAUAAAUUUAUGAUCCUGCCAUGGUAAGGAUUCACGGAAUGAUCUUGCAUCUUAGCAGGCUGCUGUAAGACAUCUUCUUUCUUGCAUCUUGUAAAGCAAACAUGCAUUUAGGAUAAAAAAGGAAAAGAAGAUCAGAAUUUUGCAAAACAAAAUAUUAAAAUAUAUGGUUGCCCUGA